AUGCCAAUCGAGGAGCAAGCCAAGGGUGUCCGAGGCACUGACACUUCAGCUCCCUUGACCAACCUGAGCGCACAACAAGCAGUUGCCAUGGCACAUUCUCGUGGCAGAAGCAUCGACCGUGCUGCGGUGCGAGAAGACGGCUUGGACACUUUUCUCGGUUCACCAAGCAUGCAACCUCUCACCCGUCGUCCGACCUACGAUUCAACACGUCGGACGGUUUCGCCGCCGAAUUCGGUCAAGGCCUUUGCGAAGGCCCGGCGCCGUGGACAGGAACAGCAACCAGAAAGUGAUGGCGAGGAUGGGAACGAAGCCGAAUGCGUUGCCGAGAAGCCCCACGGCAGCAACCGGAGCGGCCGAAGCCAAUCUCAUGAUAAAUGUGGCCGGCGCAGCUCGCUAGGUUUGGCAACGAAUGACAAUGAGGUUUCUCAUGCGACACCUCAGGGACAUCACAAGGAGAAACUUUACAUCGAUUUCGACUACCUCGAGACUUUGAUGGAUAGUCGAGAUGGAAGAAGAGUUCCCAAUCCCGACCUGACAAACCUUCCCGACAGCGCUAUGCCGAACAAUGCGCCGAUGUUUACCUCCGACGGCGACUUCAUCAACUUCGUGAGCGACAACGUUUCUAUUUCGCAGGAGAAAGAACAAGACGCUCACAGCAGCCGCAUUCGCAUCAAUGAACAGCAUCCUGAACAGAGCCGGUUCAACUUCUUUUCCUCAGCGCUGGAGUCUACGAUUCAUGCUGCUGAGUUCAGGGACCUUAUCCUCCCCGGCGAGAACGUCCGAUCUCUGUUUGACUUCUCGGAUGAACCAGACGGUGGUUGGUGGCUCAACAUGAACAGCCCAAGAGGAGGAGAGGUCUGGACUAUUUGCAAGGCCUUUGGUAUCCACCCGCUCACUAUCGAGGAUAUCAUCCAUCAAGAAAGCCGCGAGAAGAUCGAGUUAUUUCCAUCUUAUUACUUCGCUUGCUUCAGGUCUUUUGUCGCUGUGGAUGAACCUGAUGGAAUUGAGUAUCAGCCUUUCAACGUUUACGUUGUCGUAUUCCGUGAGGGCAUACUCAGCUUCAGUUUCACCCCAAACUCGCAUGCCUCUCGAGUACGGUUCCGUAUCUCACAGUUGAAGGAUCACAUGUCACUCAGCAGCGAUUGGAUCUGUUAUGCGUUGAUCGACGAUAUUGUCGACUCUUUCGGGCCUGGUAUCAACCAAAUCGAACAUGACGCGGAUGCCAUCGACGACCAGGUAUUCAUCACUCGGCCAGAGGACAACCAGGCCUUCUUGAGAAAAAUCGGACUCACCCGAAAGAACGUAAUGAGUCUUAUGCGGCUCCUUGGUGGUAAGGCAGACGUUCUACGAGCCUUCACCAAACGAUGCACAGAAGACUAUGACGUUACACCGCGAAUGGAUAUUGCCCUAUAUCUCAGCGACAUUCAAGACCACGCAGUGACAAUGACAAAUAAUCUCGUCCAUUUCGAUACCAUGCUGUCACGCUCGCAUAGCAAUUAUCUUGCACAGCUUUCGAUCGACAAUAUUGACAUGGGCAACCGAACUAAUGAUUUCCUCAGUCGAGUUACCGUCAUUGCAACCAUCAUUGUUCCUCUGAACAUUAUCUGCGGUCUUUUCGGGAUGAAUGUCAAGGUGCCAUGGGGCGGCGAUGAGAACUUGAAUGCCUUUUUUGGUAUUAUGAGUGGAAUAAUUCUGUUUGCCCUCUUGUCUCUGCUUAUAGCUAGACGUAUGGGGUACUUCUGA